CUCCUCUCUCCCUCUCUCCCUCACUCUCCUUCUUUUCCUUCCGAUUUUCCCUCGAUUUUCUCGAGAAAAUCUAGCGCCCGUGCAAAUCUCUCGUCGAUCCGAUACACACAAAGACACUCAGUGCUAUAUAUAUAAGGACGAAUAAAACGUCUAUGGAUCAUCGUAGGACGGCAAGUCCGGUGUACUCGCGGCAGUGGAGCGGCGGAAGCAGCACGGGAUCGUCAUCUCCGGCGGCGAUGUCGCCGGCGCACCCUCACUCGCGGAUUCAGCCUGGAGCCACCGCCUUCUCCACCAUCAAGCGGACCCAAAACGUGGCCGCCAAGGCCGCCGCGGCGCGCCUCGCUCAGGUCAUGGCCUCGCAGGCCGCAGCCGCAGACGACGACGACGACGACGACGACGAUGAUCUAGGGUUCCGGUAUCCUCCGCCUCCCGCGCCUCUCUCUUUCUCGAACAAUUCCGCCGCUUAUAACUCCGGUUCUAUCCCCGCGAUUUCGGCCUCUCGGACGAAUAGAUCUGCCUCUCCUGCGUUAGGUCGGAACUUUGUAGAGCAUACUCCGUCCGUACGUUCUAGUUCAGCUGGAAGACCGUCCGUCUCUGUUCGCACAACAACAGUGGUACCUCAGAGCAGAUCAUCUUUAAGAACUCCAGUGUCAAUACCUCCAAUCGAGCCUCCUAGUAAUAGGAAGAAAGAUAAUAGAAGAUUUACACCAGAUAUUGGACAACUUAACUUAAGAGCUCCGGGAGAAGAGCGUGAAGCUUCAGCGCUUAGAGAUGAACUUGAUAUGUUACAAGAGGAUAAUGACAUUAUACUUGAUAAGCUUCGUCGUGCAGAAGAAAGACGUGAGCAAGCAGAAGCAAGAGCUAGGGAGCUCGAAAAACAGGUUGCUUCUCUUGGAGAAGGUGUAUCACUUGAGGCCAAAUUAUUGAGCAGGAAGGAAGCAGCUUUGCGUCAAAGAGAGGCUGCCCUGAAUGCUGCCAAACAAACAAAGGAUGGGAGAGAAGAAGAAACCGCGGCCCUUCGUUCAGAAAUUGAGAAUUUGAAGGAGGGAGCUACAACAGCAUUGGAACAGCUUCGAGAAGCUGAAUCUGAAGGAAAGGCCCUUCGCACGAUGACGCAAAGAAUGAUUUUGACUCAAGAAGAAAUGGAGGAAGUUGUUCUUAAGAGAUGUUGGCUUGCUCGCUACUGGGGCUUAGCUGUACAACAUGGCAUAUGUGCAGAUAUAGCAGGGUCAAAGCACGAACACUGGUCCUCUGUAGCUCCUCUUCCAUUUGAAGUCGUCAUUUCUGCUGGACAAAAGGCUAAGGAGGAGUCGUGGAAUGCAGGCGCUGAUGAUUCAGAUAGGAGCAAGCCCGUUCGGGAUUUAAGCGAUCUUACAGGGGAAGGAAACAUUGAAAGUAUGCUUUCAGUUGAAAUGGGUCUAAGGGAACUAGCUUCUUUGAAGGUUGAGGAUGCUGUUGUGCUUGCUUUGUCCCAACACCGACGGCCAAAUUCCGUCCGACUGUCAACAAUAGAUUCCAAGUCACCUGGUGAACCAAAGUUUUUGGAGGCAUUUGAACUCAGUGAAGAAGAGGCAGAAGACGUCCUUUUCAAAGAGGCUUGGCUUACUUACUUUUGGAGAAGAGCCAAAGAACACGGUGUGGAAGAGGACAUUGCAGAAGAAAGACUACAGUUUUGGAUUAGUCGUAUUGGGCAGUCACCAACUUCACAUGAUGCUGUGGAUGUGGAGCGUGGUCUGUUGGAGCUGAGGAAGCUGGGAAUAGAACAGCAGCUUUGGGAAGCAUCUCGUAAGGAAAUCGACACGUCUGUUGCUAAUCACAAAUCACCUCACACAGAUUCUGAGAUUUCUUCCUGAUCCUGGUUAUUACUCCCUUAAUAAUGUUGCUUGUGACCAUUCUUUUUAUUUUUCUAUUUUUUCCCCUCGAGUCAUCUUUUUUUACCCCUUAUACACAUCAAAAUUUUCAUUUCUGCUCGAGUUGUUCUUUUUCCUCAUUUGACAUGCCUUUUGGCAUCAUAUCGUUGUCAUAUUUGUUGUUAUAUAAUAUAGUGGUCUAUCAUGCUAAAAUAAUUAGAAUCAAUUGUAUUUAUUAUAAUCAGCUGUUUGGAUUGUAAUAACGCUUGU